AUGGAAAGGGAGAGCUCCAUGACUACCACCGGCGGCGAACAGGCAGUUUCAAUGACGACGGCUGUAGAAGAUGAGAGCAAUACAAAGAACAUAAACGCAAACAUUGCAGCGGUACCAAUGAACAUUGCUGACAAGUCAUCACCGCGCGUUCCAGCGCAUGUUUUGCACUGUGGCGUGAGGGAUUCCAAGCAUCCGCCGUCGGUGGUACCGGCACGGACUUCUUUUGCGAAGGACGGUACACAUGAGUCGGAAGACACUGUCUUUGUUACUACGCUGACAGUUCACCCUCGUUACCGACGACAUCAUUCUCGCUCUCAGAGCAGCUUUUCGCUACAGAAUGGCAGCGCACGCUCGCCAACACAUUCUCGAAUGAGCAGCCGCGAGCAAUUCUCAUGGGACUCCAUCGCAUGGAAGGAACUGGGUCCGGAGCUUGGGCUUGCUGCAGAUCCCACAAAAGAAUACCUGCGUCUUGGUUGUCUCUCUUCAGAAUGUUUUCAUGGCCAAAAUGACGCGAGAGAACAGCCUCCUAGGAGACAUACGCGUUCUCUCGCAGCAUGGGACAGGAGUGAAGUGGAAGCACCUGAAAACGGGGACGAAAAGGACUCGGAUAAGAAUGAAACCCAAGGGUAUACCACGCCAAUUGGCAAAAAUAAGUCCUGCACCGAAUCCUUAUUUGAGACCGCACCACUGGGUCACCAGCAGUCUUUUAGCUUACUCAGUCAAAGGGAAGCUUCCCAACAAGGUCGAGAAUCUGUGGGAGACGAGAUGGCUGUAAAAGCGGAAAAGGAAGCAUGUGAAACCGAUGCAAAGUGCUCCAUUAUGACACAUAUUCUUGUAAAAUUUAAGCAAUUAUAUGGCGUAUUUUAUGUGCCAAAGAGUGAAUGGGGGACGUUUGCCAUCGGGGAUCUUGUCUCUGUCGAAAGUCAUGGGGGCGAAAACAUGGGUCGUGUUGUGGGGGAUCUCACAGCUCAUAUGAGCAACGAGUCAUUAAUUCCAAGCCAUUUGGCCCAACUCCCUCGCGAGGUUCUUUAUCCGGAGGACGCGUCAAAACCUCUGGAGACCGUGGAACCUGGAAACAACAAGGAGAAACUACUACGACUUCCACGUGUUAUUCGUCGUGGAAUGAACAAGGGGAAAAAGCGAGUAUAUUAUGCUCGUCGUCGCGAAACGGAGGCAUAUAACGUCUGUCAACGACUGAUUCGUGAAAGAGGGUACUCUUUGAAUGUAUCUGGUGUAGAGUAUCAGGUGGAUUUUAAACGUAUCACCGUUUUUUGCUCAGGACUAUGCCCCAGUGCGAACCCGACCGAGCUUUAUCUUUUUAUUCAGCAGCUUGCGACGCUUUUGCGCGGGUCUGCGGUUGAAGUACUUUUCUCUAUGGAAUGUCCGGCCUCCCUUGAGGUUACGAGGGAUAUUACAAAAGGAGUGUUUAACGAUAUUUAUGCUAGCAUGGCAAAGUCUCAGGAGAACGAAGAAGCGCGGGCUUGUCCACGAACACCGACGUCAGCCCAUCAUACGCCUAAUGUGCAGCGCUCCUAUCUUGAGGGGGCAAUGAAUCCGGCUGCUAAUCCGCCCGUUGUACCUAUGUUUGGGUUGCCGCCACCUGUUCCACCAGCGCCGCCGGUGAUGAUGCCAGCCGUUAAUAUGGGUGCGUUGUACGGCAUGCCGCCCGUCCCACCCCUCGGCUGGGGAUGGCCGACACCACCACCAUUUCUUGGUCUCCCCAAUGUGGCGCCAGGUAUGAGUGGAAGAAUGUAG